AUGUGGUCAUCAAUGAAUUCAGAUGAAAAUUAUCUUAGUGAAGGUCCAACAAAAGAACAAAGAAUACUUCUUUCGAAAACGAAUCGAAAUGAUGAAAAACAUUUGAGAAAAGAUUCACGUGGAAUUGAAUAUAUUUUUUCAUAUAUUGAUCGACAUCAUCCACAUCGAAAAAAAAGAAUCUAUCGUUUAACUUGGCGAACAUUUAUUGAUUCAGUUAUUCGAAGUAUUUGUCAAUUAAGUGCAGCUUAUCUUUUUGGUUUAUCUCCUCAAUCAAUUCAUUCUGGAUUAUGGGGUUUUAAUUACAACUCAGUACUAACAAGUCAAGCAUUAGGUCGAAUGUUUUUUGUAUUACAUGGUUAUAAAAUUUGGAUAUUAACAUUAUAUGGUUCAUUAAUGACAUUAAUUGUUCAAACUUGUAUAUCAUCAUUCUUAAAUCCAGUUGGUUGGAUAUUUUGUUUAUUAAAUGGUUCAAAAAAAAUUAUACCGGUUAAAAUAGUAUCAAAUUUAAAUGGAUUUAUUUAUGAAGGAAGUCCUGAUGCUAUUCAAUGUUUAAUUUCAUGUGGAUUAAAUUCAAAUAAUAGUGAUUAUGAUGGAAAAAAUGCUUUACAUUUAGCAAUAAUAACAAAUCAUUAUGGUAUUGUUAGUUUUCUAAUAGAAAAUAGUCAAGUUCGGUUUGAUUUAUUUGAUCAUUCUAAUCAAACACUUAUAGAUUAUGUUAUGAAUUUCUCUAAUUCUAAUAAAAAAAAUUAUUUAAUUGAUAAAAUUCAAAAUAAAUAUAAUUCAUCGAAUAUUUCAUCAGAUAUAUUAAAACCAACAUAUACAAGACAAAAAAGUUAUUUGAAAGAAAAUUUAAAUCCAAUAAAUCUUGAUGAAAUUUUAUUUCCUUCACUUUUCUGA